CGUUCCUCGCUGACUUUUCUGCUGUUGACCGUUCUACAAACCGAAGUCACCAUGAUGCAAAAGAUAUUCGUCUUCUUCUUCCUCGCCCUGGUGGCCCUCUCCAUGGUCGCUGUCAACGUCUCCGCGUGCCUGACCAAAGGAGCCAGUUGCAAAGGUGACGGUUCCAUGGGAAACUGCUGUUCCGGUUUCUGCUGGCAAGCCAACCCAAGCUCACCAGGAUCCUGCACAUGAAAAACAUAAACUAGAACUCCAACCAGACCCAACACCACCGUUCAUGUUGCCCCGUUUCCCAACUUAUGAAUGGAUACUCAAACUCGUUUGUACAUAACUCCGUAGCUUUUUCAAAAUUCAUAACGACAUGAUCAAUUCGUCAAUAAACCAAAACCACCAAACACCAAA